UGGCAGGGAGGCAGCUGCGCAGCCCGGCAGGCUCUGGAGGCUGACCUCCGCGACGCCUGUCCGCGCGCCGGCCCCUUGCUCCGGGCUUCGGGUUAGCGGGGGAGGGGGGGGCAGUCGCGCUGUCCCGGCCCCCAGACCCUCAAGAUGACCGCAGCCUCCACCUCCAAAUGGGGGCUGGUCACGAACGUCGUAAACAGCAUCGUGGGGGUCAGCGUACUCACCAUGCCUUUCUGCUUCAAGCAGUGUGGCAUCAUCCUAGGGGCCCUGCUCUUGCUCUUCUGCUCAUGGAUGACACACCAGUCGUGCAUGUUCUUGGUGAAGUCGGCCAGUCUGAGCAAGAGGAGAACCUAUGCUGGCCUGGCAUUCCAUGCCUAUGGCAAGGCCGGGAAGAUGCUGGUGGAGACCAGCAUGAUUGGGCUGAUGCUGGGGACCUGCAUUGCCUUCUACGUCGUGAUUGGUGACUUGGGCUCCAACUUCUUUGCUCCGCUGCUAGGAUUACGGGUGACCAACAGCUUCCGCGUGUUCCUGCUCUUCACGGUGUCCCUGUGCAUCGUGCUCCCCCUCAGCCUGCAGAGGAACAUGAUGGCCUCCAUCCAGUCCUUCAGCGCCAUGGCGCUCCUCUUCUACUCCAUCUUCAUGUUUGUGAUUGUUCUGUCCUCCCUUAAGCAUGGCCUCUUGAGUGGGCAGUGGCUACAGCGUGUCAGCUACAUCCGCUGGGAGGGCGUUUUCCGCUGCGUCCCCAUCUUCGGCAUGUCCUUUGCCUGUCAGUCCCAGGUCCUGCCUACCUACGACAGCCUGGAUGAGCCAUCGGUGAAGACCAUGAGUUCCAUAUUUGCCUCUUCCCUCAACGUGGUCACCACCUUCUAUGUCAUGGUGGGCUUUUUCGGCUACGUCAGCUUCACUGAUGCUACUGCGGGCAAUGUGCUGAUACACUUCCCCUCCAACCUGGUGACAGAGAUGAUCCGAGUGGGCUUCGUGAUGUCCGUGGCCGUGGGCUUCCCCAUGAUGAUCCUGCCGUGCAGACAGGCCUUGAACACACUGCUGUUUGAGCAGCAGCAAAAAGAUGGAACCUUUGCUGCAGGAGGCUACAUGCCCCCUCUCCGGUUUAAAGUCCUCACCCUCUCCGUGGUGUUUGGAACCAUGGUCGGUGGAAUCAUGAUCCCCAAUGUGGAAACCAUCCUUGGCCUCACAGGGGCGACGAUGGGGAGCCUCAUCUGCUUCAUCUGCCCAGCUCUGAUCUAUAAGAAAGCCCACAAGAACGCCCCCUCAGCCCAGGUGGUGCUCUGGGUCGGCCUGGGAGUCCUGGUGGUCAGCACACUCACGACCCUGUCUGUGAGCGAAGACGCCCCUCUGGACUUGGCACAAGAAGCUCGAAGUGGUCGUCGAGAUACCGAGGGCGGGAUUAAAGUGGAGGCGGCCCGGCUGUCAGUCCAGGAUCCCGCUGUGGUUGCUGCUGAGGAUAGCCAGGAGAAGCCAAAGCCACCAGAGGACAGAGAGGUGCUGGAGCAGGCCCAGAUUAAGGGUCCUGUAGAUGUGCCCGGAGGGGAGGCCCCUAAGGAAAAGCAGGAGGCUGCGCAGCUGGAUCGCCCCGGUCAAGGGAUUGCUGUCCCUGUGGGCGAGGCCCACCGCCAUGAGCCUCCCAUUCCUCAUGACAAAGUGGUGGUGGAUGAGGGUCAAGACCAAGAGGGGCCCGAGGAGAAAAAGCCACCUCCCAGGCUCACAGAUGAAGGAGACCCUGGCGACAAGGGGCAGGUGGCACCACCUCCACCCGAGCCAGAGAGGAAGCAGGAACCUGAGAGGGGGGAGGAAGCAAAGAGACCCGAGCAAGCCCUGGCAGCAGGGGAAGUCGAACACCCUCAGAAGGUUCCAGAAGCAAACGGUCAGCCACCUGUCCAGCCCAGGAAGGAAGAGUCCAUACCAGACAAUGGAGAUCUGCAUCCGGUCCCCCAGUCCAGGCUCUCCGUGGAGCAGAAUGCGUUGGUGGCAGGUGACAGCAAGGAGGCUGCGCAGAAGGCUGGAGGUUCCCUGUGGAAGCCCGCGGACACUGACCUGGAGAGCAACAUUGGUGGGAAGGCGGGCCUCCCUGCACAAAGGCCGGAGCCUGCAGAGGAGAGGGAGCAGAAAGAGGCUGAGAGGCCAGGUGGAGACCAGGCGGGGAGCAAGCUGGAAGCUGAGAUUAAAAAGCUAGUAGCAGAAGCUGGGAGGGCAGAGGUGCUGGACCAUGCGGUGCUGCUGCAGGUGAUCAAAGAGCAGCAGGUGCAGCAGAAGCGCCUCCUGGACCAGCAGGAGAAGCUGCUGGCUGUGAUUGAGGAGCAGCACAAGGAGAUUCGACAGCAGCGGCAGGAGGAUGAGGAGGACAAGGCUAAGCCAGCAGACAUGCAGCCAGAGCCUGGGCUGGCAGUGCUCAGAGGCCAAGAGGAGGGGACAGUGGAGGGCGACCCUGCACAGCCUUUGCAGCCUCUGCCUGGAGCUCCCAGAGAUCGCCCUGCUCCACCCCAAGAGAUGGGCCAGCAACCCCUGGAGAAAGCCAAGGCAGUGCCAGGAAGAGACGGUGCUGGCGGUCCUGCCGGUGGCUCUGACACAGGGCCCCAAGGGGCCCAGACUAAACUGAGAGAGGGCCAGAAGGGCACUGCACUCAAGGUGGCUGGAGCUGGGAGGGACCUGGUCCCCGGGGACUUGGAACCAGUGCCCAAGCCAGACUCUGCUGGGGCACCCAAGAGUACAGAGAAGCAGUUUGCAGAGGAAGUCGGCAGGCAGCACCUAGACACCUUUGGUGGAGGUUCCCAAGAAAGGAAGGGAGCCGCAAAGGAAGCCGUGGCCAUGGGUGCCAAUAUUCCAAAAGAGCCUGCCCAGCCCCUGGUAGGGGCAGAGGCUGAGGACUCUCACACAAAGUCCAGGCAAUCAGGGCCCACCAUGGUCCCAGCUAGGCCAGCAGAUACAGGCUUCCAGCCCCAGGCCAUCCCUGACAAAGGUCAGGACUCUCACCCAGAGGUAAGAAGCGAGGCCCCCCGAGGGGAUCACAUCCCUGCGGAGGGGCAGCACAGAGGAAAUGGGGGUGCUGCCAUGGAGGAGACCAAGAGGCCAGGUCCUAAUUCUGGGCCCAGACUAGCUGUGCCUGAGGGUCAGAAGCCUGAGAAUGCCAAACCCAACCGCGACCUGAAAGUGCAGGUGGGCUCAGACCUCCGCAGGAGGCGGCGGGACCUGGCCUCUCCUCCAGCGCAGGAGCUGGCUCCGAAGGACGGAGUCAUCAUCAGCUUUAACUCCCUACCUAACGUACAGGUGAACGAUCUCCGCAGUGCCCUGGACACCCAGCUCCGUCAGGCCGCCGGGGCCGCGGUACAGGUGGUACACAGCCGGCAAAUCAGACAGUUGCCUGCAGAUCUAGAGGAAGAGGGAGACGGGCAUGUUACAGCCCCUGGUGUUCUCUAGCGACACCCUGAUUGGAGGCCACCUUCUAUGUCCCCAGGGGUUGGUAUCGAAGUCCCUCAUGAUGAGCUGGGGAAGUAUAAACCAGACAUGUUGUCACUCUGUGGUGUCACUUGCCCCAAGGCACCCACUAGCCCAAGUAUGGUUCGGGCCUUGGCCUUGAGCCAGCCCAGGAAAGCAGUGCCGGGUCCCACCCUACGGCUGCACAUCGGCAGUCUCGUCUGUCCGUCCGUCUGUCCACUCACCAGCCGCAGCACUGACAGCAGGACACGGUCCUCACCUAACUUACAACCUGUCACAACCAGAUUCCACCCUGGCUCAGUUGUCCCAUUGUUCCCCGUGUGUGGGAAUCCUGCAGUCGGCACCCCGUGCCCCACCCCAGGGAGGCCCAGGGUUGGGUAUGACUUGACUUGGGGCAGGAGGCUUACAUGACCCUCCUGGUUUCCUGUCAUCCACAUUCUUUGAAAUUUAUUAUGGAACACAAAAUAAAACACCACUAA